UACUGCUGCUUCCUGAUGAACUCAAUAUUUUCAUUUUCCAUCUGUCCUUUAAUCACGUUUCCUCCCAUAUUUCAGGUCGCAGCAACCCACUCCAACUGCAUCAUUAAAAAGGAGCAAGAGACCUGCCUGGAGAAGAUCCGGAGGGCAGCGGCCCUGAACCCUUUCAAUGACUCUUCUCCCGGUUGUCCAGGAAUGUGGGACAACAUUACAUGCUGGAAACCUGCAAGCGUGGGGGAAAUUGUCUUUGUCAAGUGUCCUGCACUCUUCAGAUUUAUCAUCUCUGAAGAUGGUUGGGAGGUGGAUAAUUUGGGGCAAACCCACGCAGGUGAUUAUGACCUGCUGGAAAGCACAGCCCAGUCUCCCCUAGGGGACAUCAGCAGGAACUGCACAGAGGACGGCUGGUCAGAACCUUUCCCUCAUUAUUACGACGCCUGCGGCUUUGAUGAAAACGAGACAGAGUCCGAUAACCAGGUGGGAAUUACUCCUGGAAUUAAAAACAAAGUGGAGUGCAAAGCAGUGAUGGUGUUUUUCCACUACUGCGUCAUGUCCAACUACUUCUGGCUGUUCAUCGAGGGGUUGUACCUUUUCACUCUGCUGGUGGAAACCUUCUUCCCAGAGAGGAGGUAUUUCUACUGGUACACAAUUAUUGGCUGGGCUUUCACUACCAGUAAAUGUUCAAAUGAACCUAUGUGGGGUAAACUUCUGGAAAAUUUGAAGAAAAAUUGGCAGGUUUUAAAUGCUCAGCCUCUCCUCGAUGGCUGCAGCUGCUGGGACAUGAAUGACAACACUGCCCUGUGGUGGGUGAUCAAGGGUCCUGUGGUUGGAUCCAUCAUGAUAAACUUUGUGCUUUUUAUUGGCAUAAUUGUGAUACUUGUGCAGAAACUCCAGUCACCUGAUAUCGGGGGCAACGAAUCCAGCAUUUACUUCCGGACAUCCCCUUACCGCGAGCGCUGCCCUUGCAUCUCGCCCCAAACUCUGCUUCCACAGCCUAAAUUAAUGCUUGAAAUUCGUUCA